AUGUGGCUUGCUGCAGAUCGUCGGGAAUGUGCCGAGAGUGUUGAGAAAGUGACGCGACGAGUAGAAGAGAGGGGAGACGUGGUGUGCAAUAGUGAGAGCUGUGAGGUGCAGGCCGUCGGCGAGGAUGAGAGCGAGGUUGAGAAGGACAAAACAAGAUGUAAGAAGGGGACGAAGAGGGGACAAAUUGGAGACGAGCGAGGCUCAGCCUCGUGGUUGAUAUUGGGCGACUUAGUAGCGCGGGCGUCUGAUAGGCGACAGAUGCCAGCCGAGGAGAAAGCGUGCGGGAGCGGUUAUGCACAACGGGCGAGCUCGAAGAAGGCCGAGAAGACGGAGAUCGGACGAGACGUGGAAAGAGGAGUUGGGGUUUCAGAGGGGAAAAGAGGAAGGAGCCGCAGGAGCUGUCAUUCCAAUCCGAAGGAAGAAGUUGCGACUAGGUAG